GGAUGGUCGAAGUGUCAGACGACUUCUAUGUCAAGUAUUCUGCACGAAGAGACUUCCAAGAUGAUCACGAGCUGCACGAGUUUGAGUUCUGCAGCAGCGGAAGGUUUCGAUUCGCGCGGGACUUCCUGCAAGGAGGCUUCUUUCGGGGGAAGAAGCUCCGAAAAGAGUGCCAUUUGUCUGCCGCAAGCCUUCAUGUUCUGAAAGGUCUCGUGCUGAAGAGUGGUCUACUGCAGGCUGAUGACGGGGAUUUACCACUCCCAACACGACAUUCGCGGCAGGAGUUGGAGAUCAAGUGUGACGGGGCACACGUGGUGUUGUCCACGCAGCUUCACCCUAGCCUUUCCCACAUUGAUGGAGGGCGGCGGCUUGAUCAUGAGCACACCAUGUCUGAUUUCGAUGCCAUGGCAGAGGAUAUUAAGUCGUUUGGGAAAUCGAUCCUCGAGCUCUUUGGCGUGCAGCUGGAUGGGGCAGCUUGUGCUUCAUGGCAUCCUUCUCGCCGCUGA